AUGUAUCUAGCAAUAAUUAGGGCUAAAACAACGCCAAAAUUGGUGGAAUCUCUGGCUAAGUUUAGGGAAUGCGUCUCGAAACUCAGAGUCGGGAGGGCUAAGCAGAGGUACGCUGGUUGGCCCCCAAAAGAUGCCAUAUACAUUGCAAAAAAUAAUUUUGGGCCUCUUGACCGAACCAUGUUUGUUAUAAAUCGCAUUUUGCCAACCGGAGUCACUAGGGAACCUACACUGGUCAUUUGCUGUGGCAACACCCCCGUUCUCAUGUUCAAUAGGCAUCAAUUUGAAUCCUUCCUAUCGCAUCUCCCCUGGAUCAAAACUCAACUUAGUAAUCAAUACAAAUUAAUUUGA